CGCGAUGAGAAAUUGAUUGAUCGAUCGUGUCGAAUCGAACUUGACGGCGCGAAUUAAGGAGACGAUCGAGGGAGGAAAGGAGAAAGAGAGACGGAAACUUAAGAUGGCAUAAAACACGAAAGGGAUCGACUGAAACUGGAACAAUUAAAAUUUUAUUCAUUUUUCCGGGGUUUCCGCCGCGGUCUCCGAGGUAGAAAGAAAAAAAAAAGAAGAUAUCGCAAUGUUGAGGUUUCACACCUAGGCCGACCGAGCCACUUAAGAAUAGCAAUCAAUAAAACGACGAAGGAGGGAGAGGAGGACAGAAGGAAUCGAGUGCCUGGUGCCAACGGAGGGAAGAAAGAGAAAUCGAGGUAGAUGAGGACAGAGAGAGAAAGAGAGGGGAUGCUGCUAUAUAUAUAUACACGCGCGUACGACGCGCCACGUCGCUCCAGUUUCUGCCGCGCGAACGCGAGGAUCACGAUCGGCCGGCCUGGGUCUGGCUGCUGGCCUAGUGUGCUGUGUGUGCGGUCAGCGGUAUAUGCCCCGAUGCGGUGCGACGCGCGCUGAAACGUUUCCCUGAUGCGGCGAGCGAGACCGCGACCGAGCAACGCAACGCCGGUGGUGUCCCCGUUGACGCGACAGCCCGCUCGCGGACUCCGGCGGUUAUAAAGUGCCUUUUUUUCUGUCAUUAGCAGGCCUUCGCAUCGGUAAAAUGUUUCAGAAAGACGGAGUGAGACUGAGACAGCACACGAAGAGAACGUCGUCGGCCGAGUUACCUUACGAGAACAGAAUCGCCUCGAGGAAGCAAGAUGUACUGCCAAACGAUACUCAGCAUCUCCUCUUCGUUCUCACGUAUUUCCUCUUCGUGUCCUUCGCCAUAAUCGUCCUGGAGAGGAAUCUGCCCGACCCGGUUACCAUCGACACGGAGGGACUGCACCCGGGGAGAUUCGUCGCCGAGCGAGCCCGCAAUCACGUGGUGAAUCUCACGUCGAUUGGGCCCCGCAUCGCCGGCAGCUACGAGAACGAGGUCCUAGCUGUUAGAUUUCUAACGACAACGAUCGACAAUGCGAUGAGAACGGCGCACGAGAAUCAUAAGAUCCUUCUUAACAUUACAAAGCACAGCGGCGCGUUUCCGCUUAAGUUUCUCGACGGCAUGACCAAUGUCUACAGAAAUGUACAGAACGUCAUUGUCAAAGUCGGACCUCGCCGGCCUACAAUGCACAGCUUGCUGCUUAAUUGUCAUUUCGAUUCGUUUUUAGAAAGUCCAGGCGGUUCUGACGAUGGCGCCGGUUGCGCUGUAAUGCUAGAGAUUUUACGGAUAAUAACUCAAAGCCCGAAAAUAUUGAAGCACAGCAUUGUAUUCUUGUUCAAUGGGGCGGAGGAAAACAUAUUGCAGGCGUCCCAUGGCUUCAUAACGCAGCACCCUUGGGCAAAGGACGUGCGAACGUUCAUAAAUCUAGAGGCAUGCGGUGCCGGUGGACGUGAAUUAUUGUUCCAAGCUGGACCUCACAAUCCUUGGAUUCUCGAGGUAUACGCCAAAUCUGUACCGUAUCCUUAUGCAUCAUCGUUGGCUCAAGAAAUAUUUGAGAGCGGUAUCGUCCCUGGUGACACGGAUUUUCGAAUAUUUAGAGACUUCGGAAACAUUUCUGGCCUGGACUUUGCUUGGUCGAAAAACGGUUACGUGUACCACACUAAGUUUGAUAACGUCGAUCAGAUACCGCUGGGAGCUUUGCAAAGAACCGGCGAUAAUAUUCUCGCUUUGACACAAGGAAUAGUAUUUGGAGACGACUUAUCGGACCCGGAUGCGCAAGAGACACGUGGUAGUCUCGUGUUCUUCGACUUCUUAGGCGCAUUUGUUAUUAGAUGGCCACAGUACAUUGCCAGUACAGUUAAUAUCGCCAGUAUAAUUAUAGCUGGGUACUCUAUCCAUUUGAAUAUGCAGAGUGCACGUAGAAAUAUUAAGAAAUGGAUGUACAUGAGACAUGUGCUGAUUUGCAUCGGGGUGAUUAUGGUCUCGUGGUUGGCAUCUAUGUUUGCUUGCACGUUAAUCGCCCUGGUUCUGACCAAGCUGGGAAAGGUGAUGAGUUGGUACGCGAGACCGGCGUGGCUAUUUUUCUUGUAUGUUUGCCCAACCAUUUUUGUGUCGAUGAUCGUGGUCCUGCAAGUUGGAUCGAGGCAGAAAAAGGAAAUUGGGUCUGCAUGGAUUUUGUAUCAUAUGUACUGCGACGCGUAUUCCUUGAUAUGGAUGUCGAUUCUCUUCGUGUGCGUGUUAUUUGGAUUACGCUCGGGCUUCAUACCGCUACACUGGGUCUUAUUCCCGGCAGUUGGAAAUAUCGUGCGACACAGUUUCUUCAGCAAAUUGAGAGACUGGAAAUGGCUUUGUUACCAAUUGGGAUCGUUGAGUUUGUCUUAUAUACAGUCGUUUUAUUUAGCGCUCGGUGCUCUCUAUCUCUUCAUCCCAAUAAUGGGACGAUCCGGUGGCAGUAUUAAUUCCGAAGUUGUAAUAGCUAACAUGCUGUCGAUAUUAUUCUGCCAGCUAAUUUGCUUCACGUUGCCAAUAGUGCUUGUAAUAAAGAACGCAGAACGAAUUAUAAGUGUGAUUGUUGGAAUUUUCUUAAUCGCUAUUGCUGUGUUAAUUCUAACACCACUUGGAUUUCCUUACAGUGGUGAUCCGUUGUCGCCUGCUCCACAACGAUUUAUGAUCGCGCAUAGUCAACGCCAGUAUUACAAUGCAGAUGGUAGUGAUAGGUAUUCCGGUACGGGAUACUGGUUAGUGGAUUUAGAUAUGAAUAGUCCUCAGACAUUAGAAUCAGUAGUACCUGAAGUAGCUGCCGCGACGCCAACAGUCAGGGAUUGCGAGAAGGAAUUAUACUGUGGUUUCCCAUAUUUAUUGCCGGUCACAACUUUCUUGUGGAAAACUACCUGGAUACCCGGUCCCGCUCCGCUCAUAAAUAUUCCGACAAAUCUCGAGGUAAUUUCGAAGAGUGCGAAACAGCACAUCGUUAAUUACACCUUUAACGUUACAGGUCCCGACCACAUAGGUAUAAUUUUAUCUCCGUACAAAGGUGUACAUUUAGAAAAAUGGUCUGUACUCGAUGAGAAACCAUUGCAAGGUCCAAUGUGGAACGACAGAGAGACUUAUUUUAUUUAUUACGCAUGUGCCUCAGAUUGCGUGCCAUAUACAUUUUCUAUAGAACUGAAUGUGUCUGCGGUGCAAAAAGGACCAUGCUUGUCUAUCGCAUUGGCCGGACACUUCCUACAUGGCGAACACCAAAGAUCUCUGAGAUUUAAGAAAUUUUUAGCACAGUUCCCGUCGUGGACUGUCGUCGCUCCCUGGACAGCGUCGUAUAAGUUAUGGGAGUUGUAACGAGGACAGCAGGACAAUUGAAUGCGGUAAACGUGACUAGAACAUAAAGCAAUAUUGUCCGGGUCGUCUCUCGCGAAUUAACGAAGCAGCCUAAUAAAACGGUACUAUGCUUUUCGAGUACGAAACCUAAUGCCAUGGCGAUGUAAUAUCGCUUGAAUACUUAGACUUGGCCUUCAACACUUCCUAGAAUAUUACGAUUUGAGAAGAGGUAUCGAAAAAUGUUUAAAUGCGUUGGAGAAUGGAACGAAGAAAGACGUUCUCAUUCUGAAUUUAUAUAUGAAUUUUUUACUUGCAUAUUAUCGUUAAUAGAGACCACGAGUCGAACUAGCCUAAGACGUUGAUUCAGAUUUAAAUCAUAAAGAGAUAUCUUAAAAUCAUAUAUAUAUAGAGAGAGAGAGAUAAUAUAAAAUAUAUUUGCCUGGGCGCUUUCAAAGGUGAUAACUACGAUUAUUUUUCGUAGGAGCGUACGAUAAUAUUGCAUAUCAUAAGCUUUAGACUGAUUCCAUGCAUUGUCUUUCGAUUUUAUACGUUUCACGAGGAAUAGAUACCCAUAAAAGGGGACGUAUAUCAUUAAAAUUUAAAACUCGAAUUAUAUGACAAACUGUGAUUGCAUUACGUACGCUCUCUUAGUACGCUUCAAAUUUACUGGUCAAAAUAUCAGUAGUAGUUCAAAUUGCCAUCUCAAACGAGAUGACUAGAUCAAUAAUCGCAUGAUUAGUGUGCGCACAUUAGUGCGUAUUAUUGAACACGUUCUACAAAAAUUGCGCAAGUGCUGUCUAAAACAUUUGUAGACUAUUUCGUGCUUUAAUACCUUGUAGCAUGCAUAAGUGCAAGAGUUUACGAUUCAAUCGUCUAUAUCUGCUGUUCGGUACAAAGUACAGAUUUGUCCACGAACACGUCAAACUUCCUUCAUAAUAGACGGUAUAAAUAGGCAGUAUAAAUGACAGCACGCGCGAAUAUAGUACUUUACAUUUACGUACUUUAGAUAUCGCGACGAACAAAUGUUGCUCGAAGUACAAGAUAAUCAAAUACGCAUUUUAAAGAAAUUUUAUAUUUCGAGUACUAUAUAAAUAGGACAAAGGGAACGAAUUUCAAAUAUACACAUAUAAAUACGCACAUACGUAUGCAGGAUAUGCUUAAUAUGUUUAAUUCCAUUUCUUAAGUUUGAGUAUUUUGUUUUGCAAUCAAUUUGAGUAGUAUUGAUAAAUAUCAGCAGGAGAGCUCGAUAUUUGUAUUCCUCGUAAUCACAAUCUACGAACCAUUCCUCUUUUCCCUAGUUUUAAGAAAAAAAAAUUUAUUUUUAAUAGCAUAUCAAAGAAGUUGGAGACUUGACAUAGAUUUCUGGUAUGAGUUAAUUUUUAGUAGUUCAUAUUCACGCGCCCAUAUCUCUUUUUUACCAUCUCUUUACUAUCUCUUUACUCUAAUGAAGGUAUCAAGUCUGUCUUUAAAUCCUUAAUUUUUCAAUUUCCUCUCACUCACUAAAAAUAUUUUUUUUCUUUCGUUAAAAAUAUUUUUGACAAAUUACAUGUCUGUUAAUGCACACUAUCUAUUUCACGAUAACGCACAAUUCACUAACGAUACUUUACUAAAACUUUACUAUAAAGGCAUCUAUCGCACAUGACAAUUAAGAAUUAAUUAUUAUUCCAAUUCUUCUGACACAUAAUCUUAAGACAGUUCCUCUUCUCUAUCUCUUUUACAAUUCGCAACUUUUAAUAUCAACUUUUUUCCAACAACCGAGCACCUUCGUCAUUUAGUGAACACAAAAAGUUAUCUUAAACUAAAGUUCAUUAGCCGAACGUACAGUUUCGAUUUAAUAAUUAGAAAUAAUAGAGAAUACCGCUUACGUAAUGAAGUUUUUUUUCCACGAGUCCCAUAGACAUAUCGCGGAUAGCCUAAUAUACGCCUACGCCGUAAGUUACUUCACGUAACUUAACAAACUUAACGAAUUGUUCACUUUACGAUGCUUGACAAAAUAGUAUAUUAAUAUAGUUAUAUUGUGAGACUUCAGCGAAAUUUUUCGCUGGUAGGAAGUUAUAUUAGUGAUAAAUAGUACAACGUGAUUUAUUAAAUAAAAAAAUAAUAGUUUUAUAUAAUAUAUUAUUAAAUAUAUUAUAGUAGCGAAAAGCGAGAGGCAGUAGCAAAAUAUGUGAUUUUAACAAAGAUUAAACAUUUUUAAUAUAAAGGAUAUUGGACAAACGUUUACGUAAUAUAUUUUUGUAUCGCGGUUCAAGUUGUUUUUCUUAUUAUAUGUUUUUAUGUUUUAAUUUAUGUAAUUAAUAACUAAUUAUCCGUAUUAGGCUGUGGCUCAUCUAAUUGUUCGUUAAUUUGCCUGCAGUACAAGCAAAUUGCGUUUAACGUUAAGCCAAUGAUAACGUUAAUUUCUAUUGCACAAAUUUACGAUUGCGAUUCUACUUAAUUCUCGUGAACAAAGUUAUACAAUAAUACUUGACCACUUUUAAUAUCUAUGUCAUUUGUUAUAGGCUCAAAAUGACCGAAUUAUUAAUUCGCUUUGUUUUGUUUUCUUCUUUUAAUACGUCUACGUAUCUUUAUAUCUUUAUAAAGAUAUUUUUAUAUAUUCCGUAAUUUCUUAAGCGAUCGCUAUGGUAAUCAUCAUUACGCUAUUAUCACUAUUAACGCGAGAGAUGUAGCGCGCUUGUUAACAGGGUCUUUAUUUUAUUGUUAGGAGUAAAACGAAGUUUCUCACCUCGUUCCUCGCUCGUCGAAACGAGCGAGGAUCCUAGAUUAACGGACGUGCAAUCGUUCUUCGAAACGCGUUUGGAAAGGCGUUUUUCUUUUUUUGCUUCGUAUCCUGAAUCAUACAGAUAUCCGUACUUCGGUAACUUCGUUUUACGCCGAGUAACCGGCCAAAGGAAAAGGAUCCAUCCAUUGCGUGACAAGUGUACAAUUGUAGUUGCCUAAUAACUUUGUUUCCGUUAUAAUGCGUGCAGGGCGACACACUAGCGAUAAAAUGACCACGAAUGACCCGCGUGUCGCGGGAUUCAAUUCGAGGAAUUUUUAAGCGUUCGAUAAGCGGUGCAGCAUAUUGAUAGUAAUAUAUAUUGUUUUUCGCCCCCCCCCCCCAUCCCACCAAUUUAUUUAUACACAGGCGUAUGUUCCUGCUUGCGUUAUAUUAAAUUGUCAAUAUACAUAUAUUGCGACAUUGUUACUUGGCAGUUGUUGUUACAUGAUUAAGAGACUAUAUGUGAAAGAGGAAAUAAAGAAUUAAAUUGGAGAAUUA